CCCGCUCUAGCAGCAAAGAAGACCCCAAAAGGCGCCAUCCUCCUCUCCCAGGUCAAGACCCUCACCCUCCGCUCAAACGCCAAAACCGCCCACCGACGAGUCUCCGCCAUCCCCCAGCUAUCAUGCAAAGGUGCAGGAUGUGCCCACUACAAAAUCGAUGUCAUGCGCUGUACGAACCAAGGCGCAUCCUACGGUGACGAAGACAUAGAAUGGAGUUGCACAGCCACCAUGCCCGAAGAAUUCAAGCUCGGGAGCACAGAGGUGACUUGUGAAGGCUACAGCAGCUCGAGUGAUCCCUAUGUUCUCAAAGGGAGUUGUGGUGUCGAAUACAGAUUAGUCUACACGGAUAAAGGGGAGGAGAAAUACGGAUAUAAGUGGCCUGGAUCAGGAGAUGGGGAGGGAUCAACGCUGUUUAAAUAUUUCUUUAUUGCGGUAUUCCUAGGUGUCUUGUUUUGGAUCCUAUAUUCGGCAUGGCGAAACCUUCCCGCAGGCCAGAGACAAAUGCCUAGACGACCUGGAGGAUUCUGGGGCGGUGGAUGGGGAGGUGGUGGAGGAGGAGGAGGUGGUGGUGGUGGUGAUCCUUGGGAUCCUCCUCCACCUUAUCCUGGACGCAAACCAUAUUCGACUGGACAAGAAGGUUGGAGACCUGGAUUUUGGUCUGGAACGGCUGCUGGUGCUGCCGCAGGAUACGCCGCAGGAAGAGCAGGCAAUAGGCAACAAGAACCACUGCUCAACAAUAAUAGAGGUAGCUCAUGGUUUGGAGGAAACAGCGGUAGCACUUUUGAUUCGCUUCGGAGGAGUGGCUCAAGCUCAGGCUCCUCUGCUAGGCAUGAGAGCACAGGAUUUGGGUCAACAUCACGAAGAUAG